AUGUGCUCGUCGUGGAAACACCAAGGAAAUCCGUCACCUGUGAAGCUCUUUCGUCAGGACCAAGCUCGCGUAGACUACAUCCAACGCCGAGCAUCCAAUGCCACCACCCUCCAAAAUCCUAUUGGCGACUCUCUUUUGGCAAAAGUUCCGACAAUCAUCGAUUAUGAUAUUAGUGCCUAUAGCUAUAUCGUCAACAUAGGAUUAGGCACUCCUACUAAGUUCUUCUCACUUUUGCUUGACACAGGUAGCGAACUCACUUGGACCCAAUGUGUCCCUUGCGUUAACUGUUAUUACCAAAAAAACCCAUUUUUUGACCCAACACAGUCCUCCACCUUCACGAACAUCCCAUGCAACUCCAACUAUUGUACCCAACUUCCUCGAUUUGAUUGCUCCUCUACCUUCACCUGCCUAUACGAGCAAAUAUAUUUUGACUAUUCUAAAACUAAUGGUUCCUUCGUUAAUGACACUUUACAAUUAUCUAAUGAUAUUAUUUACGAGUUCCUCUUUGGCUGUGGACAUAAUAAUGCUGGAACUUUUGGACAUGCAGAUGGGUUAUUAGGCCUUGGACGGGGUGCUGCUUCAAUUAUUUACCAGACAGCUCAAUCAUAUAACAAAAUAUUCUCAUAUUGUCUACCAUCAGGGCCCAAUAAAAUUGGAUAUCUUGAACUAGGUAGCUCAGUACUUGGUGUGAAGUAUACAUCGAUGCUAACCAACCCAGAACUUCCAUCCUUCUACUUCCUCAAUCUCACUGCCAUUUUAGUUGGCGGUGAAAGGAUUGACCUUCCACCUAAUGUAUUUAGUGGACCUAGAACUAUGUUGGACACUGGCACAAUAUUUGGCCACUUGCCACCCACUGUCUACUCCGCCCUCCGCAGCAUUUUUCGAAAAGAAAUGAGCUAUUAUCCGAUGGCCCCGCCAAUAUUCAAUCUUGACACAUGCUAUGACUUCACUAACUACACAGAUGUGGUGGUGCCAGAGAUUUCCUUGAUCUAUAAUGGCGAAGUGACGACUGACUUAGAUUUCUUAGGGAUAUUAUACUUUUUUAGUAAAUCUCAAGCCUGCUUAUCCUUCGUUUCAAAUAAGGAUGAUAGUACGAUUGUGAUCAUCGGUAAUAUGCAACAACGUAGAUUAAAUGUAGUCAUUGAUGUGGGGAACUUACAAAUUGGAUUUGGGGCUAACGGUUGUACCUAG